CGCGCACCGUAGGGAGCUCGACACCUGACUGGGACUGGCGGCGGCACCUGCCACUGCGCUAGCGGCGACCCUGCUUCCCCCCAGCCAUGGCCAACCCGCACCCGCGUCGCGGCUCCAGAAAGCCGGAGAAGGAGGAGGUCCCGGAGGAAGAAGAGGAGGAGGAGGAGGAGGAAGAGGAGGAGGAGGAAGAGGAGUUGUUGGUGGAGGAGAAGGAGGGAGAAGCAGUGGAGGGGAAGACAGGGGACGCGGAGGAGAAGACGCUGGAGGUCCAAGGGACGUUCAGCGAAGAGUACUUCUGGAAGAUGAUGGACAUCGAUGACAGCAGUGACGAAAACUCAAAGGCCUUCCUUCCCCGAUUAACCAGCAUCACCAGCCCCAGCCUGAGCCCGACCCCCACGCUCAGCGGGACGCUGUGGAGCGAGACACCGAUCUUGAGCUCACACUUGAGCUCACAGGAGACUGGGAGCGUCUCCUCCCAGAAAAGUUUUCCUAAGAUAUUCCAGACAUUUAGGAAAGACAUGUCUGAAGCGGAUUUAGAUAGGACUAUGUAUCACGGUUUGUAUCCAGGAAUUCCAACGUCAGUACAAACAGAAGAAAGCUGGCUUCAAAAAUUUUCCGGCAAAAGGCAGCCAAGGAAGAAAGCACCCUCUAUAAUUAAGGAACCUGAACAUGAAAAUCUGGCUUCUAAGUUAAGAGAAAAAUGGGUAAUUAAUCCAGAAGAGCGAAAACUGAAUGUUUUAUGUGAGUUGGAGUUUAAAGAAGAUUUCAUAACACUGUUUGAGCCAGCUCUGAAAACACUGCCCAGCAUUGGGCCACCAUCCAUUCUGAAAUUCAAACAAGAGAGUUCCAAUAUAGGCAUUAACUUCAAGGAAGAAGAGGAGGAGAUAUCGCCCACGUGUGAAUUUUGUGGAGGCGAUCUAAAAUCAUUUCUUUCCAAUAUGGAUGUUUACUAUGACGAUGAUAGCUCUAAACCAAUAGAUGUCUCCUGUUGUAGUUAUUUUCAAAAUCUGAUUGACUACAUCUAUGAGGAAAAACAAAAAAUUCAAAGCUCUAAAGCUGAAUUAAUCUGUAUUGACCCUCAUGCAGCCCAUGGCAGUGAACUUGAUAGACUCAAAGCAAAGGAAAAAGCCCUGCGGAGAAAACAGGAGCGACAAAUGGCCAGACAAUUUGCACUAAUGACAAAUGAACAGACUAAUUUAUCUGAAGACGAGCCAAAGCACUUAAAAACAAUUUCUUACCAACUUUCCGUGGAUAUUCCAGAAAAAGAGCUAUUUGAUGACAGACUACUUGAUUUCCAACUAGAAAACAGAAACAUAUCCAUUGUUUGUUGUGAUGCUAGAAUAGCAUGUGGAAAGAUCAUGAGGAAUGAGCUCUUAGAGAAGCACUACAAACAUGGGAGCAAGUUUCUGACUUCAUUUCCAGAUGGAACAACACAAAUAUUCUACCCAUCUGGAAACCUAGCCAUCAUCCGAGUGCCCAACAAAAUAAAUGGCUUCACUUGUAUAGUCCAAGAAGACAUGACCACUGACCCUGCAAUUUUAGCAUUGCUAGAUUCUUCUGGCAGAAUUUCCUGCUAUCAUCCCAAUGGAAAUGUCUGGGUAUACAUCAAUAUCUUGGGAGGUCAAUAUUCAGAUCAAGCUGGCAACAGAGUAAGGGCUUGGAAUUGGUCCAGUUCUGCCCCUACCUCACCCUUUGUGUCAUUUAAACCUGUCUUUCUGGCUUUGAAUCAUUACAUUGGAGUUCGCAUCUUAGAACAAGACAAGAUUUCAAUCGCCUUUCUGGCAAUGGGCCAACAGGCAAGAAUCAGUGUCGGGACCAAAGUGAAGCUACCUAACCCUGAGGAGAUUCCAGUUCUCCGAUACCUGAAUGGGGAUGACCUUCUUCUGCUGGCCCAUUUAAUAAAGAUUCGACGCCUGUUUCACAAACUUGAAGGAUGUGCGAAUUUCCCCUCCAGCCAGGUUUGGGAAAAGCUGAAGCUACCUUCCUACCUGUCUUCACUUUCUCUAAAACUAAUUGCCCUUUGUCACAAUUCCGGUGUAAAGCAAGAUACAAUAAGAACAAUAGCGGCUAUAAUAAACGAAAAUAUUUAAUGCUGGCACUCCCAUUUGUUUUGUUUUUCGGGGGGAGGGUGUGUGUGCGAGAUUUCCAGUAAGUGUAAGGACCGGGAAAUACCAAGAAAUAUGCUCUAUUAUACAUUUAGAAUACAGCCCGAGUCAUCACUGGCUUACAUCUGUAGUUGGAAAACGAAAUCCGCUCUUCAGGACGCCAGAGGAGGAGCAAAUGAGC